AUGUUGGGCCGAUUCUUAGGAUGGGUUCCCUUCCUUUUUGGCUUGGAAGAUUGGAAUAUUCCUCCUAUUCAGCCACAGGAGCGUCUGCGACCCGAGCACCGACCGUGGCAGGACAUCGUCACCGGCCUAUAUGGCGUUCCGCCCCUCUUGAAGAUCCAUAACCGCGACGGGGACGUGAAAUGGAGCUUCGCACGCAAGGACGUCACUCAGAGUUUACCCCCGGGCUUGCAGAAUUGUCUCUAUAGCAAUGCGAACGAUGCGACAGAGCUUAAAUGGAUGAACAACGGCACCAGUCUUGGCGCUAUCUAUAGCAACCUUGCCCUCGUCAUUAAUCACACCCCGAACAACCCGGAAACCGAUAAGCGCAUCACUUUCGCAGUUUGUCGAGAUACUGCCGUCCUUUGGAAUGCGCAUACAGUGGAGCCCUUGCCAGGGCAGCGACUCGCUGUCGCUACUACCGGCCAGCGACCCUGGGACGGUAUCCUCGUAUACAAUGCGAGCGCCGCCAAUCCCCUGACGGAUAACCCUCCUAUCCUUCAAAAUAUCACUGGACUACGCGCCAUUCACGGCAUGAUCUGGGAUGAACAAGGCCAGAUGCUCUGGGCAGCCGGAACGGACGCCGCUGCGGACGGGUCCGAUCCGGUCCCUGCGUACGGCACCAUCAUCGGCUAUCCCUGGGACGCGACGACGGGCCUACUGAGCAAGGACGAUCGCUUUAUCUACAAAUUACCCGAGGCAUAUAAUAUUAUGACCGAAUGGGGCCAAGGCUACCCCUGGUGGGCUGGGCUACACGAUCUCGUACCCGUUCCCAACCAGCGCAAAUUCCUAGUAUCGGAGGAUCGCGGUCUUCACGCGUUCGAUAUCGAGCUUGGUCAAUUCACCGAACACUACGAGAAUGUCACCGAUAAAUAUAUGCAAGGAUUCGAGUGUACGACCGACGAUCGCCAUGGGUAUAAUAGCGAUGGCGAGUGGGAGGAGCUUCCGCAGUCGGACCUGAAAAGUUUUAAUCUCGCGCCCGAUGGAAGCUUCAUCUAUGUGCAAUCUCUUUGGACCAAGUUCCGCGGAUUCCAUACCAGUUUGGUUGUUAAUGGAAAGCGACGCAUGAUCAACAUCGGUGAUGAGAUCUACCGGUCGCGCUGGUAUGGAGAUAUCGAUGGCUGGCCCAAACCCAGGUUUUAG